UCAAAGAGAGCGAAGAGAGCGCGUACUGUGAAAAGUGAGACAAAUAUAAAAACAAAAACAACUGCGUCUGCAAAAAAUUAAAUAAUAAACGCGCCAAAUAUUUGAAAUCAAUUGCUUUUUAUUAACUCAACUGACUUAAUUGCCGUAAUACUUAACUGAAGCAAAAGAAAUUUAUUUAGCAGCAACUAAAGUGAAGUCAACAAUCGACUGCCAUCGACCUCGACAGAAAGAGGAGAGUCGCGAAAAGCAACGGUAGGAGCGAGAGAAAGUGAAUAAAGUGAAAGAGAUGAAUGGUGUGCUGUCAAUUGGCGGCUUAAGCAGAGGAGCCGGAAGCCUGCUUUUCGCUGUACUGUUGCUGACGUCGCACGCUGACUGUCGACCCUCCACGGACGAGGCUGACGAUGAGGUUGCAUUGGUACCGGACGGGGAUUACGGUACUGUGGACAAUGUCGAGUUCCACCAUGUGAGAAUCGUCGACGGUGUUAUGCACGAGGAUCAUCCGGUGGUCAUGUACAAAGAGGAUUUCGUGAACGAGGAUUACGAUCCCAACGCGAACAGGACAAGCCAACCAACCGACACCCACCCUAACACUAACGCGGAUAAGCCCAAGCGACACAGGCACACCCAGCAUCAACGCCACAGGAGACUAAAGCCCAGCCAUGAGCUGAAGCAGCAGAGCAGCGAGUCAGAAAAGAUGUUCUUUGAUUUGUUGUCAGACCAACCCAUUGCCAACGGAAAGGUUGAUGACGACACGGCCGCGCUGAACAUCGAAGUGUCCGAACUGGGGAAUCCCGCCAAGGACGAAUGGUUGCACAAGCAACACAAAAAGUAUCGCAGUCGCCAGCGACGCAAUAUAUAUUAUCGUUUACCCCACUCGCGUGUACCUUGGACGGCAUUCGAUUCCUACUCUCCCAGAUCCCAACAGCAGAGCUUCCAGUGGCAUGCUGUGCACUCCAAAGAACCCGUUUAUGAGGGACCCAGGCGGCGACCCAACGGACAAAAUCCCACGGAUGUAGGCGUACGAGUAGGCGAUGAAACCAACGAGAUUUAUGAUCCCGAUAGCCUGUUCCACAAUUCGAAUCCAGAUGAUGCAGAUUUCUCGAAAUACGACGAAUUUAAUCGCGAAAAUGCUGGAGCACAGAGCGCAGUAAGCGGAGGAGCAGGAGCUGGGGCCAGCAGCAAUUUGCAACCAACCACAACUCGUCCUAGUUGGGCGGGGAGACCUCAGUUUGCGGUAACUGAUGCUACAGAUGAUCGUCCCCGUUGGGAGCCAUCGCGCAACAUUCCAACGUCACGUCCCACAUUCAGGCCUACGCCGACCCCCGCACGCCAACCCCCGCAGCCCACAAGUGCACCAAAGGUGUCCAAUUGUGUCUGGGCCAUCGUCAACUGCUGCACGGGGAGCAGUGAGAAGGUGCGCUACUACUGCUUCGAGAAUUUCGGCUGCCAUGGCGCCUUCUGGGGCGUCAACCCGUGCGCGAACAAAAUCCGUAACCAAGUGAUAUCUCACGUGGCGCAGAUCUACAAUAGAUCGCCUGCCCCACCUGCUCUAAAUGGAAUCCCACAAUCGGCAUUGUCAACAUCCGCUCCUCCAUCACGCCAAGUGCCCAACAGAGGUCGAACGGAGACACACGUGCGAUAUCCCCAGGACUUGAGCUUUGUUGUGGGCAGCGCCUGUCAUCGCGCCUCUCGCAUCUGCUGCAAUCGGGGCAACCUGGCCGUGAUCUACGACUGCUUCUAUCGCCAGAACUGCGAACACAGCAUAUCCGAGAUAUUUUCCGCUUGUUCUUAAAACCAGUCCAGCUGCGGAGCCACGCACACUCAUACACACAUACCUCCCCACACAUACAUCUGGGCUCUAACGCAGGCUUGCGGUACAUGUGGACAGCAGGACACGUGUGAUUGCCUGAGAACCACAAAGCGACGACGUUCUGGUCCUUAAAGCCUUUACUCGUAUAUACUACGUACAGCACGAUUUAUACCCAUUGCCCAUGCAUUUACUAUUUAAGACUUUGUAUAUAGAAUUCUGCUCCGUUUCAAUGUUAUGCAAAUAAAGGUGCGACGCCAUGCAACGUAUGAGGAA